AGAUUGUGGCGGAAUGAUUGUUAUAACCUUUUUGAAAGUGUCGAUUAUUAAUUUUUAUGAGGCUUUUGGGGUGAUCUAUAAUUAGUUAAUUACUGUGAAGGAUGAGGUACGGACAGCUGGUGAUGGGCCCUGCAGGCAGUGGCAAGUCUACGUAUUGCAGCACAAUGCAAAAGCAAGCAGCAGAUGACAACAAAACUGUUCACAUUGUGAACCUCGAUCCAGCAGCUGAAUUCUUCGAUUAUGAACCACUGGUUGACAUCAGGGAAUUAAUUCAUGUCGAUGAUGCUAUGGAGGAUGAAGAACUGAAAUUUGGGCCCAAUGGGGGUCUGGUUUUCUGUAUGGAAUAUCUAAUAGAAAACACUUCGUGGUUGGAGGAACAAUUGGGCGAUACCGAUGACGACUACAUAAUUUUCGACUGUCCAGGUCAGAUUGAGCUGUACAGUCACAUGACAGUUGUUACUGAUCUCAUAAAAAUCCUUCAGAACCUCAACUUCCGUCUCUGUGGAGUAUUUCUAGUCGACAGUCAAUUCAUGGUCGAUGCUUCCAAGUUUUUAUCCGGGACAAUGGCAGCUCUGAGUGUCAUGAUAAAUCUCGAACUUCCACACAUAAAUAUUCUCUCGAAAGUGGACCUGCUAUCGAAAUCCGCUAAGAAACAGCUGGAUAAAUAUCUGGAGCCAGAUCCUUACAGUCUCCUGGCAGACCUGGAGGACGAUCCCUGGAACGAAAAGUACCGGAGUUUAACUCAGGCCCUGGGGAGACUCAUCGAGGACUACAGUCUCGUGAGGUUUUACCCCUUGAAUAUCAAAGACGAGGAGAGCAUUGCAGAUAUUAAAAUAACGAUUGAUAAUAUGAUUCAGUAUGGGGAGGAGGAGGACGUGAAAAUGAGGGAUUUCGACGAGCCUGAGGCAGAAGAUGAUUAACUGCAGAGUUAAAUCUUCUACGGAAGGCGAAAUGUGUAUAUUAAGAAAUAAAAAAUUAUUUUUAAUGUUUUUUCAUAAACGAUGAUUUUUUCACUAAGACUCACUCGACUCGUAGAAAAAGGAAAGG